UUUGCCGAAAACUUCCGCCGCUACGCAUCGAAGUCCGGUUACGCCGACGUGGAGCUCAUCCGUCGCAUCGACAACCAGGUCGGAAAGAACUCACAGAUUCUGACAGUCAUGACGGCAAUGCGGCAGGUCAACCCAAUGCUGAUUCCGACGAAAUGGGAACACUACCUGGACUGGGUACUGAAGCUGGAAAUGGAAACUCGUGGAAAUCAGGCCAAGUCGUCUUCGCAGCAGCACACGACUAGUCGCCCCCCACGGGACCCCAAUGCCAUGGAUGUCGACGCAAUGCGCAAGCCGGAGAAGCUCUCCAAGGAACAACUCGAAUGGCUUGACAAGAAGCUCUGUUUCCGCUGUGGCAGGCACAAGUUUACAACUGGCCAGAAAUGUCGGAACCCUCAGUACACGGGCUACUACGAGCUCCCCGACAUGAAGAAGCAACCGGCCGCUCCGACCAAGGUACGCACAAUGGACACGGCCAAUGAAGACAAAUGGGAGUACAUCCGCAGGGCCCUCGAGGACUUUGAGACCAAGGGAAAAGGCAAGGGCAAGGCACCGGAAACUGAGACCGCCGCAUGCAUCGUCGAGGUCAAGGAAUCCGAGGAGGAUUUUCUGGAACGGGUACUUUGA